AAUUAAACAUGGCGGGUAGAGUUUACAAAAUUGCUCUCUAUGGGCUAAUAAAUGAAGUGAACUUCAUCAAAGCGAAAACAUGCGUGGAGGACCUGUACAGAAGGCAGCCUGAAAUCUUCCCCAAGCCUGUUAUUGUUGGGAUGUUACAGUGUGACUGGGAUGCCUAUAUAGCAAACAAAAGAAAGGAACUGCGUGGAGAGGCCUGGGGCUUUAAUGAAAAGGCAAUAGCUUUUGUGAAUGAUGUGUUGAUAGGUGGACCAGAUGACUUCAUAAGCUGGGCAGAGGACAAUCACAACUAUGAAGAGUAUAGGCCAGAGCCCCUGUACUACACUCUCACAGAAGAGGCUUACAAGAAAAAACUCAACUCUCAAGGACAUGAUCAUGUUUUUAUGGACAUCUCGAUUAAUGAUGAGUUCAUUGGAGGCCUGAUAAUAGAGCUUUUUUCAGACAUUGUCCCUAAAACCUGUGCCAAUUUUUUGCUGCUUUGUUCAGGAGAGAAGGGGGAGUCACUAGAGACUGGCUUCAAGCUGACCUACCAGAACUCCAUCUUCCACAGAAUUGUCAAAAAUGGCUGGAUACAAGGAGGAGAUAUAUAUAAUGGUCGAGGUAAUGGUGGAGAAUCUGUGUUCGGCCAGGUUUUUGAAGAUGAAAAUUUUAUUGUCAAACACAAUGAACGUGGCAUUGUGGGAAUGGCAAACAAAGGGCGCCACAGCAACGGAUCUCAGUUCUACAUCACACUACAGCCCUGUCCUUGGAUGGACACCAAAUACGUGGCUUUUGGUAAGGUGAUUGAAGGAACAGAGGUUUUAAAGAAGAUGGAAGAACAAGACACAAUGAACGAGAGGCCGAAGUCAGAGAUCAAAAUAAUCAAAUGUGGAGUCGUUCGUUACGAGUUUUAGAUUUCAACUAGAUUUGUAAACAUUGUUUUUGUGUCUUCAGACAUGUUGAAUUUUAUUUAUUUGCUAAACAUGAAAUACUGGCAGUACAACUGCUGAGAGGAUGCCACAGACUGGAAAUUACUUAAGAUUGUAAUUUUUAUUAUUAUACCAGAUUCCUUUACAUUAUUUUACUUUUACAACAAAAAUGUACAGGGAUUCUACUCAAUGCCAAAAUUAUUUUUUAUUUAAAUUAAAAGGUUGCUUUUGCUAAAUGUUUCUUUAACAAAAAGAAUGACUGCACAAUAAAAUAAUUUUGAAACAACAAAAUCAA